UAUCUGUCACAUUCAGUUCAGAGUUUAUAUUAAUUUUAAGGCUUUUAGGCAGUUAUAGUUAUAGAUGGAGAAAUAACAAUAAAUUCCUAAACUGCAAUGUUUAUAUUGGUAUUACGGCAUUUAUAGGAUAAGAAAUGAAGAUAAAUUCCUAAACUGCAGCGUUUAAAGAAAUUUUUGUACAAUUAUACAAGCAGAUAACAUAAAUGAAAUAAACAUAAGUGAACGCUAUACCACACCUUUUGAAUAAAAAGUCUUUAAAAUAUAACAAGUGGAAAGAAUAACGCAAAAUGUGUCGCACAAUUCAGUCGCUAAUACAAACCUUCAUCUGCGCGAUUCAAAUGGUAACACGGAUCUUCAUGACUGUGCUCCUUAUGAUUGAGAACAUGAUCAGAAUGUUGUUGCAAUCAAUAUACAACUUUAUAUCGACAAUACUUCAAAUCGUAUCUCUGAUACCGAUCUGCUGUGUGUUUAUGCUGACGGCGAAGAUGCGCUGCCUGUUGUGCGGCGGCGGCGGCGGUGGCUGCGGCGGUGGAGGCGGCGGCUUCGCGAGCUGCUUCGUCUCCGCGAUCUUCUUAAUCUUCUUAUUCAAAGCCCUGCGGUCUUACGGCCUUGCUGACAAGCUCCUGUUGCGCUUGGGCUACACCCGGGCGUGGAAAUACGAGGGUAAGGCAUUCACCCAGCCGCCUUCGCCCACCAUGCCUCCGACUACAGUUAACGGCACCAACACUACUACCGCUUUAGGCGGUUCUGGCGGCUCCGGCAAAGUAGCAAUUGGCACAAAGAGAUGGAGGCCCGGGGGAAGAAUAGGCUUCGACCCGUUCGACGACGAUAUUAAAAAUUAUGUCUUCGAUGAUUUCGAAAGUAGCACAACUUCCAUUAAAAUUUCAAAAACGGCGGACCCAAACACCGCCACUGAGUACAGUAAAGUCGCUAACUUGUCUAGUUUACUGCAUUAUAUAUUCUAAGCCAUUCAGUAUCUAAAAUCAUCGUUAAAUAAAGACUACACGUAGAA